CAGCUCGUUUACCUCAUUUCUACCUACAAUCUAUUCAUUCCUCUGGACCGAUCAGCUGCUCUGAAGGAUAUGUUGCUGGAAGUCUCAAAGAGCAUUUUCAUCCUCCUCUCCUGCGUGUUGCUGGAACCCGUGUUUUCAGUGCAGAAUCAGAUGUGUGACAUGGUGAGGGAAUUAGACAAGGAGAGGAACACGUGUGAGGCUCAGAUGGAAAACAAAACUACAGGCUGCAGCGGGACGUGGGACAAGAUCACCUGCUGGCCCAGUGCCAAUGUCGGAGAGGUGGUCACCAUCCCUUGCCCCAAAUAUCUUUUCUACUUCUCAGGGGAUGUUCCUACACGUAACUUGUCAAAGACCUGCACUGAGGAUGGCUGGACUACAAUCAGCAUAGACUCCUACAUAAUGGACUGUGGAUACAAUCCCAACAACACCAUGGAUGAUACGGGAGAAUUCUUCGACGCCAUCAAAGUGGGUUACACCAUCGGUCACAGCGUGUCGCUCAUUUCUCUGACGAUUGCCAUCAUCAUACUGUGUCUCUUUCGGAAGCUGCACUGCACGAGAAACUACAUCCACAUGCAUCUGUUUUUGUCUUUCAUACUGAAAGCUGUGGCGGUUUUCAUCAAGGAUGUGGUUCUGUAUGAUGUCGGGGAGACAGACAAUUGCCAGUCAUCUGUGGGCUGCAAGGCUGUGGUGGUCUUCUUCCAGUAUGGCAUCAUGGCCAGUCACUUCUGGCUGCUGGUGGAGGGCCUGUACCUCCACACUCUGCUAGCUGUUUCCUUCUUCUCUGAGAGGAAGUACUUCUGGUGGUACAUCCUGAUUGGCUGGGGGGCUCCAACCAUCUUUAUCUCAGCGUGGGUGAUUACAAAGGUUUACUCAAAUGAUCCUGGAUGCUGGGACAUAAUCGAUGACAGUCUGUGGUGGAUCAUCAAAACACCUAUUUUAGUCACCAUACUUGUGAACUUCUUCCUCUUCAUUUGUAUAAUCCGCAUUUUGCUGCAGAAGAUGAAUUGCCCCAACAUCGGAAGAAAGGAAUCCAAUCAGUACUCGAGACUGGCUAAAUCCACUCUGCUGUUGAUACCUCUCUUUGGAAUAAAUUACAUCAUUUUUGCCUUCAUCCCCGAGCACAUCCACCCACAAGUGAGGAUGGUGUUUGAUCUUAUUCUGGGAUCAUUUCAGGGUUUUGUUGUUGCAGUUUUGUACUGUUUCCUGAAUGGAGAGGUACAGGCGGAGGUUAAGCGUAAGUGGCGCAGAUGGAUGCUGCAGAGGUUCCUGGGCGCUGACACUAAGUACCAGCAGCCCUCCAUAGGCAGCAACGGCAACAACUUCAGCACCCAGAUCACCAUGUUGACCAAAUGCAGCCCUUCAACACACCGGGCAUCUGAGUGCCAAGAGCACCUCUCUGCCAUAUGAAAACCACCUAAAGUAAACUCCCCUCUUUCUUUUUACCAGGAUGUGCUGAUUUCCUGGCUCACAUACACUAUUGCAAUGCCGUUGAUAUUGGUUCUUGAAGGUCAAUUUGACAUUUUUGUACUGAAACUAAUAUUUGUUCGUUGUAACUUUAUCCAUUGCCUGUCAGAAAUGACAAGUGAUUCGUGUUUUUCUUGCCAGGGUGGAAAAGCAACUGAAACCACUUUUAGGAAAUGGGUUUAGUCAUUAGCUUAGCACGAACAAUUCAUUUCCAAACAACACAUCAAAGAACAUUUUCACAGACUGUUCUAAUGUAUUAGGAGGGACUGUCAUGGUAUUGGAGGUUGACCACACUGACUGAUCUGAUAUUUACACACAUAAAGGACAGUAGUGUAAAGCUUUGUUGAGAUCACACUGGCUACUAACAACAUUACCAUGAAGUCUGUUAUAAGUGACAAACUACAGAAUACUGCAGGGAGGAGAAAGAUCUUCGUGACCACUCUGUGAAUUAAAGGGAAACUGAACUCUUGGCCAGGCUUUUCCAUCUGAUGUUAGGCAAUAGAUGGAUCGAGCCAGGGACGGGCUGUGUCCUAUAAGAAGCGAGAUGUUUAUUAAAAGGGUGUGUUACACAAGAGGAAUCCAAGCACUUAACCUAAUGGCCCAUGUUGCUCAGGGGACCACUGGUAACAACCUUAAUGACAUUGUCAGGCUCUCAUGAACAGUAGUCACUGAGGAGGAAUCUAUAGCAGGCCCAACAUACUGGACGUCCCUAUUCUGUCUAUGACAGUUUUAUAUGGGGCAUACACUCUGCUGAAUCACUGCCAGAUAACAUUCCAGAGGAGACACUAACGCUCCCGCUUGUGAAAUUUAUCUGAGAUUACAGAGGCUUUUAGUUUUGUCCGAGUGCACAGUCGCACAGCAGACGUUCAUUUUUACCAUUUCUGCAACUAAUGGACCAGAUGUAUUCCAUUAUUAGUCCACUGUACACAACCAUUGUGAGUAAAUACUGUGUGUGGCAACAGUGAUUCACUUCCAUUAACUGGAUUGCAUGGACAGUUCAUUUAUUGCAUUGGUUAUUAGUUUUAUGUUCUAUAGUAUUGUAUUCUAUUAUAUUCUAUUCUGUAUGUCAAUAUUAAAUAAAUGUUAGUGUAUCAUACUGUUUUUAGCUAUGCUAGAGACAUGGCUCUGGACCACUUUGGACAGAUUAGUGCCAUCAUCAGGUAGAAAAUGUAAUUUGUCCAGGUGAUUUCUGACUAAAACUAAAGACAUUCCCACGAGCCUCAGCUGUACUGUGUGUUUCGUGCUAACUGGCAAAUGCUAGCGUGCCAACAUGCUAAGCUAAGAUGAACACACUCUAAACAUCAACGUUAGCAUUAUCAUUGUGACUGUCUCACACAGAUGCUAUCUUGGCUACAGAGUCUUAAUCUUUGUUAUAAUAGAAUUUAUCAAGCUAAAUGGCACCAAUAUGAUGGUUGUGACUCUCUGUCACUCUGUUUAUUAAACAUUCAUUUAAAACCACCUCCUGUUCAAAAAUGGCUUUUUCAGACAUGAAUAUGUACAGACAGCGACAGUAUCACAUUUCAUGUGGGAGUCAUGUCAGAGUUGAUGUUUACUUUAAUACCCCUUCUUGUGGUACCAGUGUGUAUAAACCUGAAACUGAACUGUAACUAAUGGAAAGUACCUCAGACUAAUUGUCACACACAGCUGUUGUAUAUGAUGUGAAACUGUAAAUACGGCGAGAGAUUUGGUUUAUGAUGUGGUUUGUGGUGAGGACUGACAGUGCUCAGGUGUCAACUGGAAAUCAAUGUUUACACUCAUGCUAUUUGCAUAAUGUCAAUAAAGUGUCUCGUAUUUGUUGCCUGUAAAGUUUGUGUAAAUAUGGUGUGCUGUACAGUAUGUGGAAUCAGCUGUAAAGAUGUUAUUGAACAAAAUGUCAGAUGAAGAUGAAUAAAACCAUUUGC